UAUCACCGUUUAUAGAGGCAUUGCCACAUAUAGGCGAUAUGCACCUCUGCUCGUCCUACCCCUCCUUCCGAGCCUCUCUCUCGAGCUCCUCUGCCUCUUUCUCCUCCACCGCUUCUUCCGUGCUCAUCUCAUGGGCGAGGUAUCCUCUUCCUCCACACCGCUGUGUUCUUCGGUGCCGUCGUCUGCUCUCCGUCGCCGGUGUUUCUCGACGGGCAGAUGCCGGAGAAGGCAGACCAGUGGAGGACGACAAGGAAGUGUUCGAAGACGAUUCCUCCGAUCAUGCCUUCGUCCGGAAGCCCCAGUCGCUGCUUGUGGAGCGAUACCAAGAUGGCACUGCUAAGAGAUAUAUCUGGGAUGAUAACUCCCAACUACUAACCUUUCGGGACGAAUUUGGAGCUUUGACUAAUGGAGUGCAAGAUGAAGAAAGCCUCUCACAAUUUUCUUUGAUACCAAGCAUUUUAAAGGAAUUUGUACUUCCAGCAGGGUUUCCAGGAUCAGUUUCGGAUGACUAUCUGGAUUACAUGCUAUUGCAGUUUCCAACUAAUGUAACAGGAUGGAUCUGUCACACAUUGGUUACUUCAAGUCUGUUGAAGGCUGUUGGUUUGGGCUCUUUUUCAGGAAGUAGUUCUGCUGCUUCUGCUGCUGCUAUAAGAUGGGUGUCAAAAGAUGGUCUAGGAGCUAUUGGUCGCUUAUUUAUUGGUGGACGUUUGGGGAAUAUUUUUGAUGAUGAUCCAAAGCGAUGGAGGAUGUAUGCAGAUUUCAUUGGAAGUGCUGGAAGCAUCUUCGAGCUUGGCACACAACUAUAUCCAGAAUAUUUCCUCCCCCUUGCAGCUUUUGGCAAUUUUGCUAAGGCUAUAGCAAGAGGACUGAAAGAUCCAUCAUUUCGUGUGAUUCAAAAUCAUUUUGCUGUCUCUGCUAAUCUUGGGGAGGUUGCAGCUAAGGAGGAAGUUUGGGAAGUAGCAGCUCAGCUUCUAGGACUUGGAAUUGGCAUACUGAUCCUGGAUCUACCUGGGAUACAGGCAUCAUAUUCCUUGCUGGUUUUCACGUGGCUGAGCAUGCGUCUUCUGCACCUUUGGCUACGUUUCCAGUCACUAUCAGUUCUCAAGUUUCAGACUAUAAACAUGAAACGUGCUCGGUUGCUUGUGAGAUCACAUGUUUUACAUAAUACAGUUCCAGGGUAUGUCACUUGCAACAAGGAAGAGAAUUUUCUAUCUUGGGAAAGAUUCUUGCAGCCUAAAAUUAUUUUUGGUGUGUCUAUGCAAAAUAUGAUGGGAAAAAAUGGCUCCAACGAUAUGGUGAAGACACUUCUUAAGUUAUACUCAAAGGAAAGUUACAUUCUCUAUAUGAAGCAGCAACAAGGAGGCUCUACAAUUUUAGUUACUUUCAAGGUUGGAGCUACUGGCCUGACAGUCUUGAGAAGCUUAUGGCAGGCACAUUGGCUCCACGAGUGUCAAGAAAGAACAUCAAAUCAUGUCUUAUCUUUGCUUGAAGAAAGCCUCCUGAAACUGGAAAACGGAUUCGAUGACUUCCUCAGGCAAUUAAAAGGAGCUGGAUGGGAUGAACAACAGAUCAAACUCAAGGUUCCCAAGAAACUUCUUUUCGACGAGUCAGAAAACCUCGAGCUUGCCCUUGAUAAGUAGAUCGUCUUGUUGCUGUUCCUAGUGCUUUACAGGUAAAAUUUAACCCAAUCUAUGCCCACUCAAUAUUAACUUCAAGAGUCAUAUAAAUAGUGAAUGGAUGAACCCUUGUUGGUUUGUGUAAGUUCAUUUAGAAUUGUUUACUCAGGGCAUAAUCGCAGGCUGUAUAUAUAACUUUUUUAUCAGGGUAUUGUCUGAGCCAUCUAGGUAGACAAUGGAGGUAUUUGUUGAAGUUUUGGAAAUUUUGCUACAGUGGAGCUGUUGGAUUGUCAUAUUAUGUGAAUGUUAGAAUGGUUAUACUCCUUUUUAUUUUACUCACCAACACGACAAAACAUAAACAUUGUGAAGCCUUGAAUAUUGUCGGUGAUUGCUAACAUGUCAUUAGGUACACUACAGGCUGAGGGUUUUUUUUUUCCCUGUAGCUUGCUCGAGAAGAAGCCUCCCAACAACAAAAGCCAAAUGAGGUUAGUUCAGACGCUCAUUAGUUUUUCCCCGUAUUAAUAUGAAAGUUUAAGUAUAUAUUUUUGCUAAUUUUGUCUUUAGAUAUUUGGCUCACUGCCUGUGGAUCAAGCUGGCAAGUUUUCUUUAAACAGUUGAUAAAGAAUAAAUUUGGCUAAUUUAAUAUUAAUUUUGAGAUGAUGCGGAGGCUUAGGUUGGUAAAAGAUGGACCUCUUUGAGUCUACUAUUUGCAACGGUGCUUACAAUUGCAAGAAGUUUUCAUUGUGACCGGAGACUUUCUGCCUCAACCGAGCCUCCAACUGGAAGAGUUGACCGGAGGAGGUUACAGAAGGUGCUCAUGCAUUUCGUAAGGAAUUUUUGCACGUAAAUGCAGUUAGAGGAUUAACCCAGAGCAAAACAAUGUUCUAUGUGCAGGCUAGAUGAUAUACGUGCUUGAAGACCCCAGCCAGGGAACCCACAACAGCUAGAAGAUUAAACAGAGCAAAACAAUGUUCCAUCGAGAUGUGGUAGCGGGUCUCAAGUUUGAAUCCACAUGUGAGCAUUAUAUCAUUCGUUGUAAUAUCAUUUUUUUAUUUUAAAAAAUAAGUAUAAGAAUUUUAUAGUUGGUGUACGAGAGAAGAUUAACCAAUUGCGUCUCGUAAAUGUUAGGCUCUGAUGUACGUAUGAUUCGAUCCUCCUAUGUGGGUUUCGUCUAAUUGUAUAAACUGUCCGUUAAAAACCUUUUACUGCUGAUAAAUAAUAAAUUCAGUAUCACUAA